AUGAAAGAGCCAAAAUUAACUCACCCAGAUGAUACAUUGCUAAGAGAUGACACUGUGGAUCAACCAGCCAACAUUGUUGCUGCCAUUGAUAGUCAAACAGCCAAACAAGACAACAAGAACAAGAAGAAGGAGACAGUAUCCAUCUUUCGGCUUUUCCAGUUUGCCACAAAACGAGAUUUGCUGUUGAUUAGCAUUGCUGGUUUUUGCUCAUGCACCACUGGCGCUGUUCAGCCCAUCUCCAUUCUAUUUUUCGGCAACGUGCUCAAAAAAUUGGGUGAAGCCAUUGUCGAAAAAAGUGACCUCAUGGAUGCUACGAUGCCCAUCAUCAAAUUAUAUGUGUAUCUAGGCACAGGUGUCAUGACAGCUGCUUACAUUUCCAACUGUCUGUGGGUCUUGACAGGAGAAAAUCAAACCAGACGUAUUCGCCAAUUAUACGUGCACUCUAUUCUACGUCAAGACAUGAGCUGGUUUGAUAAAUCAGAAGAAGGGUCCCUUACAACAAGACUGUCUGCCGAUGUGCAGUUGAUUCAAGACGGUAUCUCUGAAAAGUUUGGCCAAUUUCUCAUGUGCUUUGCGCAGUUCAUUGCUGGUUGCUCAGUGGCGUUUAGUAAAGGAUGGCGUCUGUCCAUUGUGAUGAUUGCAGUGACUCCUGCUAUUGCAUGCACGGGUGGUGUGAUGGGUAUUUUAGUUACAAAGUACACGGUGGAGACACAAGAUGCUUAUGCUGAUGCCGGCUCCAUCUCUGAGCAGGUCUUUGCUGGUAUUCGCACCGUUUACUCAUUCUCACUGCAGAACCGCUUUGCUAAACGCUAUGAAGAGAAACUCGAUAAAGCAAUGAGAGCCGGUAUCAAGCGUGGCAUUAUUCUCGGAACAGGGCUCGGUAUAUUCAUGUUUUGUCUGUUCGCCAUGUACGGUUUAUCCUUUUGGUAUGGUUCUCGUCUUGUGCACGAUCAUGUCAUGGAUGGAUCCACAGUGUUGGUGGUCUUUUUGUCCAUGAUGAUGGGUGAGUUCUCGCUGCUACAGUUGCCUACGAAUCUUGCUGCUGUUUCUUCGGCUUCUGCUGCUGCUUACAAGAUCUUUGAAACCAUCAAGCGUGUGCCUGAUAUCGAUACAAGCUCUCCAGAUGGUGUGAUCCCCAACAAGGUGCUUGGUGAAUUGGAAUUCAAGCAUGUCAAAUUCAGAUACCCUACAAGGCCUGAUACUAUCAUUCUAAAAGACCUCAGCCUCAAAAUCAAACCUGGUAUGACCGUCGCAUUUGUUGGAGCGUCAGGGUCUGGCAAGUCUACCAGUAUACAGCUUUUGCAGCGAUUCUAUGAUCCUGUGUCUGGUUCGGUGAGCUUGGAUGGCAGGAAUCUAAAGCAACUCAAUGUCCAAUGGCUUCGGCAGCAGAUUGGUGUUGUAAGUCAGGAGCCUGUCUUGUUUAACACUAGUAUUCGUCAGAAUUUGAUGAUGGGAAGUGGUAAUCGCAAUAUUGGUAUGGAAGAGAUCACCGCUGCGUGCAAGAAGGCCAAUUGUCACAGCUUCAUCAAGCAAUUGCCCAAAGGAUACGAUACACUCGUUGGCGAGCAUGGUGGUAUGCUCUCUGGUGGACAAAAGCAAAGAAUUGCCAUUGCCCGUGCCAUCCUUAAGAACCCUGCUAUUCUACUGCUAGAUGAGGCCACCUCUGCGCUAGAUACGCAGUCCGAGAGACUGGUGCAAAGAGCAUUGGAUGAAGCAGCAGCAGAUCGUACCACAAUUGUCGUUGCUCAUCGUCUUUCAACUGUGCGUAAUGCUGAUCUGAUUGUAGUGAUGCAGCAGGGUGAUCUGAUUGAACAAGGUACACACAACGAACUGAUUGCAAAGGGUGGAGUCUACUCUGAACUGGUGAAAAAGCAGCAGAUUCAAACCUCAUCCAGCACUCACAAUCGCAAGACCAAACAGGAGGAAGACGAGGAAGACGAAAUCCUAUUGCGCAACGAAGCCAUUGAAGUCAACAGAAAGAGCUGCAUUGAACUGAACCGUAUAUCCAACCACUCGUCCAUCGUCAGUGUGCCAGCCGCUAGAAAGAGUCGAUUCUCUCUGCUCGAUGGAUUUGAAGAAAAGCUGCGUCGUGAAAAGAAGCUCAAGAAAAGCACCAAAAAGAUGAAGGCACCUGUAUGGAAGGUAUUCAUGCAAAUGCGUCCGCAGUGGGGCUGGUGUGUGCUUGGUUCGGUUGGUGCUUGUAUUGCUGGCACCGUGUUUCCUCUGUAUGCUCUCUUCUUUGCCAAAGUGAUUACCAUGCUAAAUGAAAACGACGACAAGGAUUAUGGACCGAUGGAAGGACCCAACGUGUAUUCGUUCCUGUUUGUCGUUUUGGGCAUGUUUGCUUUUCUAGGCUUUGCUAUGCAAACAGUGUCUUUUGAAAUUGCCGGUGCCAAGUACACCAAAGCAUUGAGAAGUAUGCUGUUUGUCGCCUUUAUGAAGCAGGAGAUUGGGUACUUUGACCGCGAUGAGAACAAUGUGGGCUCGCUUACUUCCAAGUUGGCUGUGGAUGCCAAGAAUGUCAAUGAAAUGAUUACGCGUGCGUGGCCUGAUGUUGUCCAGAUUGCGUUUACGUCAGCCAUUGGCUUGACAAUCGCUUUUAUGCACAGUUGGAAACUCACGUUGAUCGUCAUGUGCAUGACACCGCUGAUUGUGGGUGCAGCUGGCUGGAAUUCCAAGGUGCAAGAAGGGUUUGAAGGAAGUACAAAAGAGGCCAACGAGCAGUCUGCAGAAGUCGCAAGUGAAGCCAUCAAGGAGAUCCGUACAGUGACAGCUCUCAACAAGCAAAGCUACUUUGAAGAACGGUACUACAAUGCCACUGAAAGACCGCAUCGUUUAGCACAGCGUAAAGCGUACACAUCUUCCAUCGGGUUUGCAUUGUUGCAAGGCACAUCUCUCUAUACCAACGCAGUGGCCUUCUAUGCGGGCUCAAAGCUGAUUACACAGGGCAACUUGGAUCUCGGUGACAUGGUGAUUACCAUGAUGUCUAUCAUGAUCAUGGCGGAUGGCAUAGGAAGAAGUAGCAUCUUUGUCUCUACCUUUGCCAAGGCUAAAAUUGCUGCCAUCACAACAUUUGAGGUGCUCAACCGCCAGCCAGCCAUUGAUCCUGAACUGGAAGGCAUUGAACCCGAGGGAGAAGACAUUGAUGGAGACAUUGAUUUCAGUAGCAUUGCAUUCAGAUACCCAGCAAGACCUAAUAUCCCUAUCUUUGAUGGCGAGUUCAACUUGAAAGGAAAGCAAGGACAGACAAUUGCGUUGGUCGGCCCCUCAGGUUGUGGUAAAUCCACCACCAUUGGUAUGCUUCAGCGAUGGUAUGAUCCUCUGAGUGGUACUGUGCGUGUAGAUAAUCAUAAUGUGACAUCGUUUUCUCUUAAAAACCUUAGAAGCCAUAUGGCAUUAGUGGGCCAAGAACCAACUCUGUUUGAUGUCUCGAUUGAAGACAAUGUUCGCUUUGGUGUGGAUGACUCCAAAUCUGUAACACAAGAGCAAGUGCAUGAAGCUUGUAAAGCGGCCAAUAUCCAUGAUUUCAUUACUAAAUUGCCUAACGGAUACCAAACAUCAGUGGGAGACAAAGGGUCGCAAUUAUCAGGAGGCCAAAAGCAGCGCAUUGCCAUUGCUCGUGCUCUGAUCCGCAAGCCUAGAAUAUUACUGCUAGAUGAGGCAACCAGUGCAUUGGACAGUGAAAGUGAAAAACUGGUUCAAAAGGCCUUGGAUAACAUCAUACAGGAGGGAGGACGUACCACCAUCACCAUUGCCCAUCGUCUCUCUACCAUUACAAAUGCUGAUAUGAUCUGUGUCAUCAAAGACGGUAAAGUCAUUGAACAAGGAAAUCAUUGGCAGCUGCUGAAGCUAGAUGGUGUCUAUAAGAGUCUGGUGCAGCAGCAAUCAUUGAGCUCAAACUCUGGAUGA